UCCGCGCAUACCUCGACGACACUUGCGCCCUCGCUUCUCCACCUCUUGCGCCGGCCCUCCAUCACCUACAUCCCGCAAGCCUGCAAGCUGGCCAAUUACGCGACGCCGCCAGUCUCGCCCUUGGGGUACCGGGCUCUCGAACCGCCCUUCAGUCUGCAGUACAAAGGCGGGCUGGUUGGGAUGGACAAUGACCGCCGGCCACGGCAUACUCCCUCAGGUUACGCGAGCCAGCAAGGCACGCUCCUUCCACCACAGGCGUCGUAUCCAGUGGUAAGCGCACCCGAUCGCUUCAGGCAGCCGCCCUUGACAGCUCCUGCCCCACCUACCUCCGUCCCCUCUUCCGGAAGUCGCGCCAGCUCUCAGAGUUACGGUUACGCUUACGGUGAAGGUGCACAGUUUGGCUCAUCGAUUCAAGCAUCCCCCGUAGCCUAUGCCACCCAGGACUAUGCUGCCGAACAGCAACAACAGGCUCAGCGUGCACCCCAGCAGUACUCGCCCUACGGCCAGAACAUAAUGUACAGCGUGCCCGGCGCCCAGGCUUCGGCGCAAGCCUCGUCGCAGUAUGAGCCUGUGGAACAGUACCAGCAGAAUAGGGACUCGGCUAUACAGGUCCUGAGCACCGGCUUUGGCGUGGCACAACCGCAGUACUAUGAGAGUGGGCCCACGAGCGCACCUGCCUCUGCCAUCGCGGCGCAAAACGUUCCUUCUCAGUAUCCUUCGUUAGGUUAUUCAGCACCGCAAGCCCAGGUCGGCCGAGAAGCACUUGCGCCUGCCUACUCUGCCGCUGGCAUGACGGACCCCCAUCAGGCGCCCUCUCAAGGGGCCUACUCCCAGGGCAACUACAGCGAGCCCCAGCCAAACAGUGGCAAUGAGUACGACGACUUUUACAGAAACUACCAGAACGAGCUCAAGAAGACAUUUGAGCAUGUACGUGACGGUCGCCUCAGCGAAGCCGGAACACUGCUCUUUAGAAUGUCCGACUGGCUACUGCAUUGGGCUGAGACGCUGGCAGGCCUAGUACGCGACGACGAAACCUACUACCAGCAGCGUUUGCAGUUGUGGGAAGAAUUCAACACCUGCUGGCUCACUACACUGCAAAAGCAGAAGACCAUGACGCAGGAAAUGACCACGACGGGCCAGCGACCACAACCGCCAAAAUCGCUGAUCGACUAUGAGUUUCUUGAGAAGAUGGGCACCCAACUCGUCAAGAAUUGCGACGCCAUGGAGAAGCACGGUCUUGUUGACUACCAAAUGGGUGUAUGGGAAGAGGAAAUCGUAGCGAUGUUGACUUCCUGCAUGGACCUCCUCGAAGAAGUCGGCGCUGGUCCCUCAGUACAACGACCUACGUCUACCGCGCGCCGGCGGUGA